UUCUCAUAAUAAAUCCUAAAUUAAAUAUUUUGACCCCUUUCAAUUACCAUAAAAUAAUUGUUUUAUUUUAUUAUCUGCUAAGUAAUUAACUUUCCUGUAUUUGGUACCAGUAAUAUGCCGGAUAUGGCCACACUAUAGUGUAAAAAUUAUCGAAAUUCGCUGUCGAUACAAUGUAAAGCUGCCACUUGUGUUGCAUUUGAAAAGAGUGGCAACGUCAACGCAAAGUAUAUACAGAAAUCAAAUAAGAAUUUUUUGCAAAUCGGAAUCGCGCUUAAAUAACGAUAAUAAUAUUCUAAAUAACAGACAAACAAACAAAUUGCUGGUAAAAUGAAACUGGAAGAGCUGCUAACAAAGGGUGCACCAUCGCCGCAGGAAGAUGACGACGAUGAUGAAAAGGCGGAGUCGAAAACAAAAGCCACAAAUGCCUCCGAUGAGGGGGUGGAGAAUGCUGAAGAUGCUGCGGACGAGUCGGCUGAAAAAGAAAGUGCGACUGGCAAGAAAAAAGGCACACGCAAAAAACGCUCACUCAAUUGGGAAGAGGCCGAACGUGGUCUGCUAUUGGAGGUGAUUAAAACAAAAGUGGCAUUUGUUGAAAAUCGCAGUGUCGAUGCAAAAAGCAUCAAGGCCAAACGCUUGGCCUGGUCCCAAAUCACCAAACAAUUCAAUGCGCUGAACUUUCGACAUCGGUUACUCGAACAAAUCCAGGUGCAAUGGCGCAGCAUGAAGAACUCCGCCAAACGUGAGUAUCAGCAAAAGCAUCCCAAGUCAGAUGUGCUCGAGGGCAUGCGCAUGAUCGAAUUCAUGGAAGAACUGCAAAAGGAUCCGGUCUCAUCGCGCAGUCAAACGCGCAGCAGCGGCACCAAUGGCGCUGUCAAUGUGCCGCUAAAGAAGGAGCUGCUCGAAAUGGACGAAGAUGAGGAUAUGCCGUUAGCUGCGCUACCCAAUUCGACAAAUGCCAGCGAGGAUACGCUGCAAACAUCCACCAUAGCCAUACCCUCACCACCACCGUCGACCGCAGGCGGAGACUCACAGCAGGAGAGCGCACAGCCUCAAUCAGCGCCCAAUCGACGCAAACGGGCCAAAGGUAAACCUUUGCUACAGCACAAGGAUGACACUGACGGUGCCGCUGGCUCCGCCGACAACGAAAAGACUUCGCCCACACGCAAACGAAGACAGCGCAAUCAUUCACAGGCACAAUCGGUGCUCUCGGAAGACUUUAAUACUGAAACGUCACCCGUCAAUGCCAGUGCCGCUGCAGUUGGGCCAUUCACGCCCACAGCAGGUCCCAACGAGACAAUUAGCAGCCUGGACAUGGAGGAGAAAUACAAGCAGCAGCUUUUCAAGCUGCUGAAGCAAGCGCGUCUGGCCGAGAUUGAUUAUGCAAGGCGUGAGCAUGAGCAGAAGCUGCGCUUCGAGCAAAUGGAGCAAGAACUCAAAAUGUCGUACUACCGUCAAGAACAGGACCUCAAGCUACGUCAAAUGCGCGAGGAGCACGACAUGCGACUGCGUCAGCAACGACGUGAGCACGAAGCACGUAUUAGUGUCUACAAUUCAAGCAACUGCUGCUUGAACGGCACGGCUGGAGAUGUGGCAGGACAGGAGUCGGCGACACAGGGAGCAAUGCGUUGUAAUGCCAAAACAGAUUACAAUAAUGUGCAUUUGGACAGUGUCGUUGCAGCUGCAGCGCAGCCAUCGUCAUCGUCGAAUAGCAGCAGCACGGACGCCGUGCAUGCGUUGAAUGCCAAUUCAUUGGUCUACAACUAGUUGUAGACAACACAACACAAACAUCACACACAACUCAGAACAGACUACACACUCUCCAUCACACUCACAACAUGAUAAACAUUGCCAGCAUUUAGUGGAAACUGUAAACUUAAACAAAAAUGGAAGCAAAACUCUUAGCUUGAAAUGCGUUUAGCAAAAUGUAGCCGACUCUCAACUGUCUCUUAAAAAGACACUCAGACUAAUCAAGUUGCAUAUAAAUAUGAAUAUGAUUACAGUUCAUGUUUCGCUAAGCUGCCCUGACAUUUACAUUAUCUCUAAUUCAGCAUCUUCACUUUUUAGAUCCUUCACAUUCAAAGUUGAUCAUUAUUACCAUUUAUGUUAACUGCAUUUUUAAAUGCAGUCGUGGCAGCUAAGCAAAUUGUGCUGUAUAAAAACAAAAAGAAAACAAACAAAAAAUGAAUACGAAUACGAUUAAGAUUAUAAAUAUAAAUACGAAUACGAAAUACUCACGUUGCCACACGCUGGCGGCGGCAACGUUCGCUCAGCCAUGACACAAACUGAUGGACUGUUAUUAUUGUGCAUGCCACACUUACUCACUCACACACAAACAGACAGGCAAAGGACACAGCAUCCAAACAAAACACUCACACUCACAAACAUACACAUUGCAUUUUCCAAUAUUAGUAUUAUUAUAUUUGUAUCCUGGUAUCUGUUAAGUGAACAAAUUGCUCUACAAAAUCUCUAUCGACUUUCGAAUACUCAAACUGCAACUGAGUCACUCAAAAAACAAAACACUCAUAGCAGCAUUAAGUUAUUCACAUCAUUCAUCCCAAACAACAAACGUCAGACAGUAUUCAAUUUUUGUCAUGGUAUUACAAGAACAACAAAAAACAACACAGUUUGUUUUUUGUGGUCAACCAUUCAUUCAUUUAGCUAUGUUAAGUUUAUCGUUUUGAGUUUUUUUUUAAAUAUAUAUUAUAAACAAGAUUGUAUUAUGUAUAAUUUUAUUAUAUACAUAAACUAUACCAUAAUUGUACAUCUAUGUAGUUGUAUUCUGUGUAUGAUUGUUUCAUACUCGUAUAAAAACAAACUUUUAUAAUUGUCGUACGUCGAUAAGUUACGUUUUUUGUAAGCUGUACGAUUUGUCUUUUAAGCAAGGUACAUUGGUAAGUAUAUGUAUACAAAACGUAUAUACCCCGUAUAUACCCUGUUCGCCGUACCAUUUGUGUUGUAUAGCGCUGUAAUAUCCUGUAACUUUGCUUUAGCUUACUAAAAAUAAUAAUAUAAUUCGAGCAAAGGAAACAUUAAAUAAUUAGAUAAAGA